AUGCCCUUCCUACGCGGGGCUCGUCCAUCUCAAGCCGGGCAGCCGUCUGGCCGUCACACUGGCCACCCGGCACACGUGAUGACCCUCAUCGAAGGCUCCGCCCUUGUGCACUGUGUUAUUGUGUACAAAUAUAUAAACUUAGAGAAGACCUGGGAUGAUGCUCGUGAGUACUGCAGGGAGCACCACAAGGACCUGGCCACGGUGGAAAACACAGAAGAAGUGAAGAAGUUACCGAUACCCUCUGGACACACCGCCUGGAUCGGACUGUUUGAUGACCCCGCCUCCUGGAAGCAGAUGACCUCUGAGUCCAACUCCUGGAGAUGGUCUUCCACUCGGACCACCAGUCCGGGACAGUACCAGAACUGGUUCUCUAGUGAGCCCCAGAAUGCCGGUGGAAAUCAACUGUGUGUCUUCAUGCAAAAUGGUUUCUGGGCGGAUGAAUACUGUACCUCUACAUUUCACUUUGUUUGUUACCGAGUCCAACCAUCAGGUCUUAAAGAGUACUUCCGGAUCACUUCCUUAAAGUCCUGGUCCGACUCUCAGUCCUACUGCAGACAGAACUAUCAGGACCUGGCCACGAUCCAGACCUCUGCAGAAAACCAGGCAGUGAAGGAUCUUCUCCCCUCCUCAUCAUCCAUAGUCUGGAUUGGUCUGUACCGGGUCUCCUGGAGGUGGUCCGACGGCAGCCCCAGUACCUUUAGAUGGUGGUCAACAGGGGAGCCAGGCAAUUCAGGAGGAUCAGAGCACUGUGGUGUUCAGACCCAGACUAAGAUCACGCUCCAGACGACAGCGAACAUGUGCGAGAAGACGAUUAGAGACAAGUUUUUACGAGCACUGGAAGAACGCUUGGGCCCGGGGUUCUCAGUGAAGUGGCACCGUCUGCCCACAAGGAGAUGA